AUGGAUCAACCUAUCACUUUUUUGUUUCCUUCUCAAUUCACUGAAGGACCCACAUUCAUUCCUGAUGAUAAAAUAGAAGAUGAUGAUGUUAUCGUUUCUUUCGUUGACAUACAAUUUGAUCCCGAGGAGGAGAACAUUCCAGAUCACGUGCUUAUGUCUAGUAAGCAGUUCAAGUUACUCAAUCGAAAGAUCAAUUCUUUGUUACAGCUUCAAGCCGAUGCUGGUAAUCGAAAUAGUGUAUUUGGGAUUGAGGUUGAUGUCAUGCUCAAAGCUCAACAACUUCGUUUGAAAGCCUUGAUGGAACAGAUUGAUACGAAAACUAAAAAAUGUUUGAAGCAUCAGUCUGAUUCUUUUGUUCAUCUGGAGAAUGUAAGUUUGAAAAUUGAAGAACUUCGUUCUGAAAUGACGAAGGAGGUUGUCAAGCUUGAUAACAAUUACUCACAUCUUAACAAUGAGGUAGAUAUUGUUGCUACCAUUGUUACGAAAGUUUUUGAAUUUCAUAAUUCUCUUCCCACCAAGAUUGAUACAAAAUCGGAGUUUGAUUCUAAAAGAUUUGCCAAAUUGGAAAAGUUAUUGGGAAGUUUGAAAGAGUUACUUUUGAAGCUUGGUUCUUCUCCACAGUCUUUGAGUUCUUAA